AAACUGUUAAUAUGGGUGCCUCGAUGUGCUGUUGGAUGUUAUGCCUUUCUUCUGUACUAACUACUCAGUCGUUCGUCUUGAAUCAGUCUCCAGGACUCACACUCGUCUCAGUCCGUGGUUCUGUAGAGUUAAGAUGUAUAUUUGAGCAGACUCUUAGGUACUGCUAUACCUCUGCUGCAUGGAAAAAGAUGAAUCUACGGACUGGAAAACUCACGACAGUGAAUGGUAGCUAUGAGAAUAAUGUCCUUCAGUCUGAUGGUAAAACCUGUGUUUUGACUCUCAAACACGUAACCAAGACAGAUUCAGGCAUGUACUAUUGCAUGAGCAGUUUUAAUGAAAUGGCUGUCGUUGGCAAUGGGACCAGGGUGAUCGUAAAAGAUCAGUCUGAACCAGAACUCUCCAUCUUAUACACACCACAUGAACCUGACUCGUCAUCGGUAUCACUGCAGUGUCUCGUGACUGGACUUGUCCCGUCUCAGGUGCGUGUGUUCUGGAUGAUUGGACAGAAUAAGCGUGCUGGAUGGACCGAGUCCGGCUGGACAGACGAUACUGAUUCAGCCACAGAAUUCACACGAGCUCAUCUCUCUGUUCCUGCAGAGGAGUGGAAAGAAGCCGAUGAAAUUCACUGCUUGGCUGAAUAUGAUGGAAAGAACAUCUCCAAAACUCUGAACCGAAGCGGACUGACUCAAAGGCCUCUGUGGAUUCUGUACUGUGGCUGCGGGGCAGUAUUGCUGAUUGUAGCCGUGGUCUUCUCUGUUUGUUUAUGCCAAGGCAAACAGAGUACAGGGAAUGAAGACAUUUCAUCUGUAAAGUUUUACCCUGUGGAUCCAAUCAGUUUAGGGCUGAAUUUAAGUCCAGCCAAACAAUAAAGGUAAAACUUAAAUUUGUGAAUUCUUUUUAAUCAUAUUUGAUAUGAGAAAUAGUCAAUCGUUAAGACCAAUCUGAUGUUUUCUUCAGAUAUUCUUUCCUUUAUUUCAGGGCACCACUGGAGAUCCGUUUUAUUGAAAGGAAUGUUAUACUGUGCCUAACAAUUACUAAAAAUGACAAUAUAUUACAUUAAAAUGAGCAA